AUGGCGACGUCGUGGCCGAAACGUGACUCCUCCUCGUCGUCGAUAACCGAUGAAGAACAUCCCGACGCUAAGAAGCUCAAGAUCACCGUCGCCGGAGACCAGCUGGAGACCCAAACUCCGCUCGUCAUUCCCCGUCGCGUAUCACUCAACCCCGCCGAUUGCGACUUGGAUUUCUGUAUUGAGUUCAAUGGGCUGCAAGGCUCAGCGCGUUAUGAAGAGGAGUUCGCUUAUUGCUGGUCUGGGGCUCGAGCGGAUGUGGGGAUCAGUGGGGGGAAAUAUUGUUUUGGCUGCAAAAUCAUUGCAUAUCAGCCUGCAAACAUAGGCUAUGAUGAAGAUGACAUCUCAGAAGACCACAAGAAUGUAUGUAGGGUAGGGGUGUCAAGGGGGGACGAUAAUGGCAACAGUAGUCUUGGAAGCCUGGGGGAGACAAUGAACAGUUUCUGCAUUCAAACCACCAGAGAGUUUUGCAGUGGGGGAAAGUUUUGUGACUAUGGCGAUCGGUUCGAAAUCGGGGAUACAAUAGUUUGUUGUGUGGAUCUUGAGGCUAAACCAGCGUCCAUUGGGUUUUCAAGAAAUGGGGGAUGGAUGGGAAUGGCAUGCCAGUUUGAUUGGCAAUGGCAAUCUGCAUUUUUCCCUCAUGUUCUGCUAAAAAAUGUGGUUGUUCUUCUGCAAUUCUGCAGGGAAGAUGGAUUGGAGCCUGUUGAAGGCUAUAAACCCUGGGCAUCUUCUGUGCAAGAUGGGAAAGCUUUUCCAGGCCCUACUUUAUCACCAGAUGUUCAUGGCUGUGACCUUAUGAUGAUGGUUGGUUUGCCUGGUUCAGGCAAGACAACCUGGGCUGAGAAAUGGGCUACAGAGCACCCCGAAAAACGAUACAUCUUGCUUGGAGAAACCCAUGCUUUUGAUAAAAUGAAGGUGCCUUCCCUGAUGGAUAGGUCUAACAAAGAUGAACUGUUUGAGUGCUGGAAUGGCCGUGCUGCUAAACUCUUCAGUGCUCUAGUGUCCCGAGCUUCAAAGCUGCCUCGAAACUUCAUCAUUGAUCACACGAAUGUCCACAAAGUUCAUCGUCGCCACAAGCUGAAGCCAUUUGCAAACUACAACAAAGUUGCUGUUGUGGUUUUCCCAGCACUAGAAGAGUUCAAGUCGCGCGUUGUUAAGAGAUACAGAGAACUGGGAAAGGAAAUUCCUGCUGGUGUCAUAAAUGAGGCUUUAGGCAACUUUGUUUUGCCAAUGAGCAAAGACAUGCAUGGAACAGAUGAGCACUUUGAUGAGGUUUGGUUUCCAGAACUGGGAAGAGCAGAAUCAGAGAAGUACUUGGGUGAGAUGAAAGCAAAUAUGAAUUUUUUUGCAGUUUUGGGAGAACAAACACAGAGGCCUGGUUCUGCAGGUGUCUCCAGAGAAGUUGACAUGGAUGGGGCAUCCAGCAUUCAUGGUGAUUUCAUGGAUGCUCAGCAUUACUAA